AUGGGUGGAAUAGGCAAAACAACUCUUGCAAGCUCUAUUUUUAGUGAGAUCUCUGAUAAAUUUGAUGGUAGUAGCUUUCUUGCUAAUAUUAGAGAUUUUCCUACGUCACGAGGUUUGGUCCGUCUACAGAAACAACUUAUUUUUGAAAUCUUGGGAGAAAGAAACAUAAACAUAUGCGAUGUUCACAUAGGAUCAAUAGAGAUAAUGAGAAGGUUACGGCAUAAAAGUGUUCUUGUCAUACUUGACGAUGUAGAUCAAUUAGAACAAUUACAAGCAUUAGCGGGAAUGCAUGAUUGGUUUGGGCUGGGAAGUAGAAUCGUCAUUACAACCAGAAAUCGACAUUUGCUUGUUAGCCAUGGCGUGGAUUAUGUGCAUAUGGUCAAUGGGUUAAAUGAUGGGGAAGCUCUUAAGUUGUUUUGUUGGAAAGCCUUUAGAAACUGUCUUCCUACCCCUGAUUAUUUCGGUCUCUCUCUGCAAAUGGUCGACUAUGCUGGUGGCCUUCCAUUGGCCCUGAACGUUCUGGGAUCCUUCUUGUUUGGUAGAAGUAAAGCUAAGUGGAAAGAUGCAUAA